CCAUGAGCAUUCAUGCCGGUGUAACAGUAACAAAUGCCCCCUGGAAAAAGUGUCCGGCCCUAUUGUAUUCUGUAAUAUGGUUCUAUAGAGACCCUGACCGUCAAUAGGUCAGAGAUUGCGCAUAAUAGAAUCCUUUGUUUCCCGGGCAUUCUAUCCUAGGGCAUUUUAAACUUCUACACCGGUGACAAAUGGACUCUUUCACCAGUCUCCUCCAUUCACUCAUUACAGAGACUGGUACUUGACGGCAAUUCACUCGUCAUGAACUCGAUUUGGGGGCGAAAGCCACGUGCUUUACUGCAGGAUGGGUAACCUCGAUCCAAGUGAAUGAUCUGGAAUACCAGAGCGCUCGGUAUGACACUGACAGUCCAUCCACUGUCUGCACUGAAAAUGUAUGGCUCGCCUCGGAGAAUAAGAUAAGAACGUUUGAACAUAGUCGACUGAAAAGAUGAUGCAUCAGACUUUUUCCGCAACUUCUAGAAAACUUUUACAAAACAUAUCCAACCAGUUCAACCGAGGAUCUCAAUCUUUGGAGCCAUGCCUUCCUGUCCUCGCUUCAUUCAAGAGGAAUGCCCAAAAGUGGAAGAAACGUCUCAUAAAGAAGGAAGAGAGGAAGGAGACUGUGUAUCAGCAUGCUGGCGAGAACACCAAGCGAGCAGAUCGGGUUUACGCGUGGGGCUAUGCUGGGACUGGAGCCCUUGGUGUUCCAACAUUCGUUGAACCAGAAGGAAACCAGAAUCCAGUUAUAUCACGGAAUCGACCUUAUCGCCUCAGACGUCUAGAUGAGCACAAUAUCAAGGUAAAAGAAGUUGCAUGUGGUUUUGGCUUCACCCUGUACAUGUGUAAAGCUCCACAAGGACCAAUGUUGUUAGGGUGUGGAAUCAACACAGACUCGCAGUUAGGAUACAUGCAAGGCAAACAUGGUCAAGGCCGUUUAGAUUAUGUCAUCUCACCAGCUGAAAUCAAACUUCCCUUUGUUCAUCCAACCACGACUGAGGUGAGACUAGCAGCAGCAGGACGGGCUCAUAGUGUCCUGGUGACAGAUAAAGAGGGCGCCUUCAGUCUCGGGAAUAACAGCUGUGGCCAGUGUGGGCGGACGGUAGUUGAGGGAGAAGAGUUCAGCGGCAGUCAGAUUAUUAAUAAAGUGCCUGUACCCGGUAAUGUGGAACAGAUUUCCAUCCCUUUGCAGGUUGUCUGUGGCAACGAGCACACAUUGUUCCUGACAGAAGAUGGAGAGGUUUAUAGCUGUGGAUUAGGUGCAGAUGGACAAACAGGUCUUGGCCAUUAUAACUCUGAGAGUAAACCAACGUUAGUGAAAGGAGACAUUGAAAAGGAGAAGAUAGUUCAACUAGCAAGUGUGGCAGAGACGGUCAUGGCCAUUUCUGAGAAAGGCGAUAUAUUUGGCUGGGGGAACAAUGAAUACAACCAGCUGUCUGUGAUCACUGAGGAGAUGCAGGUUAACGUGCCGAGGCAUCUACCAUUCAAGAAUGUGGGAAAGGUUACAAGAGUUGCUGUUGGUGGAACAAUAUGUGGCAUCUUGAAUGACGAAGGCCAAGUUUAUGUGUGGGGUUACGGAGUACUCGGCAAAGGACCAAAACUAGAACAGAGCCAUUCACCGACUCUGAUACCCGAGAUUCUUUUUGGUCGGAACGAAUUCACAUCAGAUACAACUGUAGUCGACCUGAAAGCUGGCAUGCAUUAUUUCGUUGCUCAAACAGACACGAAUGAACUUUACUCAUGGGGUAACAACCGACAUGGUCACCUUGGAUUGGGACAUGCCGAUGCUCAAUUCUUCCCCUUCAAGGUCUCCGUUCCGGCUGAAGUGUUCAAGUUUGCUUGUGGAGUUGAUCACAUGGUGGCGCUAACCAAGGCCUUCGCUUGAACGAGACGUCAGAGGGUGUUCAUGAGACUAACCCUGGACAGGAGACUAUCUGAACUUGGUUAGUGCUGGCCUAGCAUUAUAUCUUGUGACGCAACCCCUCUUUACAAUGAUGUGUGUGAGGUUACUUGCCAAUAAAGAGA